GGGGAAGGGAGAGGAGCACCGUUGCAAAGACGCUCACCCACUGCCAGCUGAUAUGAAGACAACAAACACGGGGCAGUGAACAUUACGGUGGAUCUUGAAGCAGGAACACACCAUUACGGCGGGAAUCACAGAGGCACAAGUCAUACUCAAGAAAAAAAAAAAAAAAAGAACAAGAACUGCAAUCACAGGAAGUGACCCACUUCUGAAAACUGCAAACUGGACCAAAAGUCACGUGUGAAGUACUGAGACUCCUGCACCGGUGACAGCAGCACGGAGAGAUUGUCCCAGUGCCCAGGUGAAGACAGCAUCUGGAAGACACCAUGGCUUCCUUGUCCAGGGUGAUGGGUGUGGUGAGACACUGCCAGCUAGUGAGGCGCUCCCUCUCCUCCACAUGUCAGAGGCUUCAUUAUAAGGAGGAACCUCCCUAUCUAGAUGCGGGAGGACCCGAGGUGCCUGACUACGCUCUGGUGAACGUCCAGAUUAAAGGCUAUGACUUCACCGUCCUGGAGCACUACAGCAAGUGGAUCCACAGCACAGCCCUCAACAUGGGCAUUGAUGUGGAGGACGGGUGGGCCACUCCUUGUGAGAAGCAACACAUCCAGACCUUCAAGCCAAAGAGCAGCAAAGUGGAGGCAGACUACUAUCUUCAGGUCUAUGAGCGGAAUUUACAGCUGGCAGACCUCCCCUCUAUAACGGCCCCUCUUUUCCUGGAGGUGGUGCAGGCCGGGCUGCCUCAAGGCGUGGAACUCAGCGUACAUGAACACCAGCCGGAGCACACUGAGUUCCGGUACAUCCCAGACCUGGAGUUGCGGAGCUUGUACAACCAACUCGGUGACUUGGGCGGCCCCAGCAGGAAAUGAAUGAGGUGUGACACGUUUACACUCUGAAUGAAAAGAAGACUUUGUGUUUGUUCCUCAAAUCAUAAUUGUCUUGAGUGCUGAGACCAAGAUAUGUGUGAAUGUUUGUGAUUGUGUGAAUGUAUAUGGAUGUAUGUUUGUCUUUGCCUUAUCUCCACUGCUUCAACUUCAAAAGGAAUGGAACUGUGUUCUCAAAUGUUUUGGUGUCUCAUCUGCUAUAUUUAUCAGACUGUGGUUGAAGUUACUGGGGUUUUCAAGGGUGUUUUAAGGUUUGUAGGGAUAAUUUAACAGUGAUUCUGCCUCUCCCAUUGGAAAAACACCCAUGAGAAUUCAACCAAUCGCCUGUGGUCUUUGAAGAUGGUACUGGUGAGAGUUCAAAGUGUUCAAGACUGCAAGUCACAGCAUCACCCUCACUAACAAGUUACUCAAGUAAUUUCUCAAAGAUUUCUGGAUUUGUGAUUCGAUAAAUUCUCAUCACAUUGAAUAUCUAUUGUGAGAGUUGCGUUGGUCAUAUCUUGGGUGUGAGUGGUCCAGAAUAUGCCUCAGCUUUUCUUUUUAUAUGAAAAUGUGGAAAAUGGUACAGUUUUUUCUUGAAAUGCCCCCACAAAAAAAAAAAAAAAAAAAAAUGAAAAUGGCUUAGGCAGUUUGUUCAUGGUGUUUUUUUUUUUUUUUUAAUGUAGGAAGGACACUGGCCAAGGGCAACAAAAAUCCAAUAAAAAAAAUGUCCACUGAAAUGCCAGUCCCAUAAAAGCGUCAAAGCAGUAGUCAAAAAUUGCUGAAUAAGUGUCUUGAUGGUGAGUAGAUACUGAACUGUAAAUAUGUACAGGUGUUUCUCUGAGUAUGUGGAGGGUGUUUCAUCAAGACACUCAGGUAGAAAGAUAAAGUUGUGAAAAUAUCAAC